UUAAAAAUCAAUUGAUCGGAGCCUUACGAUCAGCAGGAAUGGAACUUCGAAAGUGGUCUGCGAAUGACGCUUCUCUGCUACAAGACAUACCUCUAGACCAUUUAUCUCUCGCCCGACUAUACGACCCCUUAGGUUUCAUCACGCCCUGUGUCAUGAUCGCGAAGGCGAUACUCAAGGACUCAUGGAUGGCCCGCAUCAAACGCAACGAUGGCAGCCUAGCACAACUAGACUGGGAUGAACCACUGCCAACCGAACUGCUUGAUAGAUGGCAGGGAUUCAUACAGAACUUGCCAUAUGUCGAGCAAAUUCAAUUACCACGAUGGCUGCGCUUCAAUAUCCACGAGCUUGCGUCAUUACAGCUACAUGUUUUCUGCGAUGGAUCAUCACUGGCGUAUGCAGCAUGUGCAUAUAUUCGUGCAGAACUACCAAACGGAAAGAUUCAAACUCAUUUGCUAGCUGCACGCAGUCGAGUCACACCCACGAAACCGAUCACAAUUCCACGAGAUAAUAAACUUCUCAAGCCACCCUCUUGGCAGUAA